AUUAUAUCUAUUGGAAAUGAACGGAUAUUAUCAAGUGCACUUAUGAUGUUUAUUAUUGAUUUAUUUCGGAUUCAAAAUUAGUAUAAAUUGAGGAACGACUGAAGCUGAAUUCAGUCUGAGGUUUCCUUCUGAUCGACUAACAUACAACAACCAUGAAAUCCUUUGUCGCUAUCUUCGCCCUUGUGGCUGCCCUUGGCAUGGCUUCUGCCGCCCCAACCCGUGACUUGCAGAGCGAUCUGCAUGAAUUUGUUGAGCUCAUCCCGAUCGCCGAGAUGAGGGAAGUUGCAAAGAGGUACAUUGCUACCGAUGCCGAAGUACAGCGUGCAUUGAAAUACCUUCAGGGACCCGAAUGGGCUGAGCUUGUGCAGAUCGUACAUGAUCAUCCCACUUGGCAGGAAUUCAAGGCUUUCCUUUUGGAGGCUGGUAUUAACAUUGACGACAUCAUUGCCAUGAUCCACGACAUCAUCAGCGGCGCUGGCAAAUCCGCCAAUGUUCACUCUACCCGUGGCAUGAGGGAAUUCAUCGAUGAACUUAAGGCCCUUGUCCCCACUGACAAACUUAUUGCUCUUUUGGGAGACAAACUUUCCAACAGCGCUGAUUUCCAGGAAUUCUGGGUCAAAAUCUCUGGUGACAAAGCUCACAAGAUGUUUGAUGAAAUCCGUGCUCUUCCUGAAGUUCAACGUGUUGCUGAUGUUCUUCGUGAGAUGGGAAUCGACGUUGACAAGGUUCUUGAUGUUAUUUACACUCUGUUCGGCUGGAACUAAGUGAAAAUAUAAAUCUUGCAAUGUUCAUUGUUAACUGAUAAAAAUAAAAUAAUUAAAAAAUAAGAAAA